GCGAAAUUCUGUCAUGUCCGUCGUAUUCUGAUCAUUCAUCAUAGUUCAUAUCCCUAUUAACGUUCUCGUCAUUUGGCGUCAUUUGUUGUGUAAUCCUCGUGCUUUCAACUUAUGAUACGAACGAUCGAACAGUUGCGACUUCGUAUCUAUGCAAGAGUAUAAUCGGUGGCAGUGGUCUGUUGCAGGGAGAUACAUAAGAGAUAGACGCUGUGUGUAGCUGUUGUGCCCAAGCUUAAGAACCCUUGCUUCGUAUUCGUCGGCUGCCAUAUCUCUCCACGACCUCGCUCUGUACCACAGUACAGCUUUCACGGUAAACCAGAUCACCUCUACUUCAGAACCAUAUCAAGAUCUCCCAAUGGCAACCAUCGAAGCCCAGGACCUCAGAGAAAGAAUCGGGCGCUUUCGAGUUCUGAUCGUGGGGAGAGCAAACGCAGGCAAAACAACCAUCCUUCAAAAGGUCUGCAACACCACCGAUCAACCAGAAAUUUACGAUACCGAAGGAAAUAAGAUCGAUACUGCCAUCGUGGAAUCAUCGAUUAAGCGUGGAAAUCACAACAUCACGAACGAAAUGGUAUUUAAAAGCAAUCCCACUUUUGUCUUUCACGACUCGUGCGGUUUCGAAGCGGGGUCUGAAGGAGAAUUCGAGAACAUGAAGAAAUUCAUGUCAGAACGCUCACAUGCGACGAAAUUAGAAGAGCGAAUCCAUGCUAUCUGGUAUUGUAUUCCAAUGGACGAUCCGAGUCGAACAUUCCAGCGGUCAGAGGAGAAAUUCUUCCAGGAGUGCGACACCGGGAACGUUCCUGUGGUCGUGGUGUUCACCAAAUUCGAAGCUCUGCGUCCAUUCGCAUAUGGGGACAUCAAGAAGCAGCUACAAGGAGUAUCGGGCGAAGAGCGCUCAAAGAGGAUUGCUGAGCGUGUUGAGGAACUGUUCACAAAGACAGGAGUCUUGGAUCGGUUGUACAACCCGCAAAACCUUGCGCGUCCCAAGUCCCAUGUACGCUUGCAGAAUAUGAACCAACAGAAUAAAAACUGCGACGCACUGCUGGAAAGCACCACUCUCGCACUGGACAAUGAACAAUUACGAUUGUGCUUGGUGUCAACACAAAAAUCGAACCUUGAGCUUUGCAUCAAGUGCGCCAUCGCAACAAUCGUUGAUCGUGCACAUAAGCAAGUCGAUGAUGAAGGCUAUCAACAUAGCAUUGCUAAGUGGUUUCCACAUCUCGAAGUAAGACGAAGAUUGAUUCGAUCUGACAAUUUCCUGGCAAUGGUUCUCACGGAUGUUUAUUAAUAACAGCUGGUAAGAUUGUGGCUUACAAAGCUACGCAGGGACAACACUGAUGCCUCACUGCUGCUCGCCUAUUGACAGUAUCGGGUAAGUGUCUUGAUGGUU